AUGGUCAAAGCAGUGUCCGUCCUCCGCGGUGACGCCAAGGUCUCCGGCACCGUCACCUUUGAGCAGGAGUCCGAGUCGGCUCCCACCACCAUUACCUGGGAUAUCACCGGCAAUGACGCCAACGCCAAGCGCGGCUUCCACAUCCACACCUUUGGCGACAACACCAACGGCUGCACCUCUGCCGGUCCUCACUUCAACCCCUUCGGAAAGACCCACGGUGCUCCCUCCGACGAGAACCGCCACGUCGGUGACCUCGGCAACAUCGACACCGACGCCCAGGGCAACGCCAAGGGCUCCGUCACUGACAAGUUCGUCAAGCUCAUCGGCCCCGAGAGCGUUGUCGGCCGUACCGUCGUUGUCCACGGUGGCACUGACGACCUCGGCAAGGGCGCCAACGAAGAGUCCCUCAAGACUGGUAACGCUGGUCCCCGCCCUGCCUGUGGCGUCAUUGGUAUCUCUGCCUAA